AUGGGUAGAUAUAUAAGCAGCAGCGAAGCUAUCUGGCGUAUUUUCAGUUUUCCCAUACAUGAAAGAGAACCUUCUGUCCAGCAUCUUGCAGUACAUUUUGAAAACAGUCAACGAGUAUAUUUUACCGAAGAAAAUAUUUUCCAAAGAGCAUUUGAGACACCGAAAACGACACUAACUGAAUUCUUUACAUUAUGUCAAAAAUCUGAUGUAUUCGACCAAUUUACAAAAACAUUAUUAUAUACCGAUGUUCCACGCUAUUUUACAUGGAAUAAAAUAGGGGAAAAGUGGGAGUCCCGUAAGCAAGGAAAAUCACAUCCAUCGAUCCCAGGCAUAUUUAAAGUUAAGACAUUGGGACGACUUUACACUGUACAUUCUAAACAACGUGAAUGCUUCUUUUUGCGUUUAUUGCUGGUGAAUAUUCCCGGACCAACAUCUUUCGAAUAUUUGCGAACAGUGAACGAUCGAGUGUUCAAUACAUAUCAAGAUGCUUGUUGUGAGUUGCAACUACUGGACGCAGAUAAUCAUUGA